ACAAAGGAAACCAAAAGAACAAAAAAGAACUCCCUCUCACUCACUCUCUCUUCCUUUCCCAACUAGCUACCUAGUUCAGCGGCUGCCUAUAUCUCUCACCACCCUAUAACCCUCCACCUCUUCUCCAUGGCAGCAACACCACCACCUCUGUUCUUCUUCCUCCUCCUCCUAACUACCCUCGUGGGUAUCAAUACUAUCGGAGCCGAAGGAGCCACAACAACUUGGUGCGUGGCGAGGAGCGAUGCCAGUGGCCAGGCUCUCCAGACGGCCUUGGACUAUGCAUGUGCCUCCGGCGCCGACUGUGUUUCAAUCCAGUCCGAUGGGCUCUGUUACCUCCCCAACACUAUCCAAGCUCACGCGUCGUACGCUUUCAACAGUUACUACCAGCGCAGGGCUAUGGCUCCUGGCUCCUGUGACUUCUCCGGCACCGCCACUGUUGCCCAGACCGAUCCCAGUUAUGGAUCUUGUGUAUACCCAUCUUCUGUAAGCACGGCUGGAGGGACAAGUACCACACCAACCACAACUCCGACCACAACUACAACCAUUCCAAGUCCACCAACAACGACGAAUCCGACCUUUGGUAAUGGCAUUGUGGGUGGAUUCACUCCAGUUACUCCAGCUGUUCCCGACGAUUCAAAAGCAGAAUCCGUUCAGUUUAUGCUCCCAACAAUCUUGAUUCAUGUCUCCUUUACUUUUUACUUAUUCUUCUAGUUACCUUAAGUAAAACCCAUGUAGGACUGGUUAUUUUUUACUAAUCAGGGGAAGAACAGCAUUGGGGCCAUUCUAGAAAAAGAGGUUAUACAUUUUUGUUAGAAGUUGGAAUCUUCUUUGUACAACUAGCUCAUUAAGCUAAGCCUCUCAGUUACGAUCUGAACUUUGUAGGUCUCACAAAAUCGAUUCAA